AUGGAGCAAAGAUUUAGCAUCCUCAACAACUUCAUCAAGAGGAGCAAUAUCUGGAGCCUAUUCCAAGAAUGCAAGCUCACUUUUGUUGGCUGCUUUAUGCUCUCCAAUCAAUAUUAUUUGCAACUUGUUGAUUACAAGGUCGCACAGCAUCUUAAGCAAGCAAAGUCUGUCCAGGAGAAACUGGUUGGAGUCGAUACCCAGGCCUAUGAUGCUGAAGAACGAAUGGCUAAGGCGCCAAGUAAGGACAUCAAAGGUAAGUGUCAAGCAUAUACAGCCAUGACAAAGGAGUUGAAGCAGUUGGGGCUAACAAGAAUGGCGGCUGGUAUCAAGUCGAGGGCUUACAAAAGGAAGAGCAAGAAAAGGGGCACGCAAUUAUACCGUGAUCUGGCAAUUGCUCCCAAAUCCUUCAGCAAGGUUUACAUGAAAAGGAGCAAAUCCUUGCAUGACAUGCGAGAGAGCCAGUCAAAGGUAUUUGCUUUGAACAAGAAAAUCAAUGGUAAGCUUAUUCCAGCCCAAGGCCCUCUAAUUGACGUCAACAUCAUGCCUACUCUGGCUGACCCAUUUACAAGUAUCCAAGGUAUUGAUCUAGGUGUUGUUACUGUUGCACCUGGAGUAGCUACCUCUCUUUGUUUCCCUUUCGAAGCUGUGAACAGAUUCCAAGCCAUCUCGGAUGAUCAGACAGUGCCCCACUCGAAGGACGCACUCGCAGAAGCACCAAAAUGUACUAUCAGCAAUUUGCCACUGGUACCAGCGACUCGGCCUUGCCUGUAG